AUGGUAUUCGCCCAUCCUGCGGAGCCACAGCCUCAAGCUGUAUCUGCCAUAUUUAUCCAUGCUGGCGCGGGAUUCCACAGCUACCAGGCUGAAUCGACCCAUCUUUGGGUAUGCAAUCAGGCUGCAACUCUCGGGAUGGCCAUUUUGAGAACGGGCGGGCGCGCUGUAGAUGCUGUCGAAGUUGCUAUCAAAUUUUUGGAGGACCAUGAAGUUACAAAUGCGGGCUAUGGCAGCAAUCUCUCCGCAAAUGGAACGGUGGAGUGCGAUGCGACCAUCGUCGACCACCUUGGCCGGAGUGGUGCUGUUGGUGCCGUGGAACAUAUUAAAAACCCCAUUUCCCUCGCCCGGCUCGUCUUGGAUGUCUCGACAAGGCCAAUGACCCUUAACAGAGUACCGCCAAAUCUCCUGGUUGGCUCAGGGGCUACUGAUUUUGCAUAUGAAAAUGGUAUGCCAAUUCUUCAUGCCGACUUCUUGGUCUCGGGAGGAUCCCGUGAACGUUGGUUGCGGUGGAAGCGGGACCUGGCACAAGUAGAGGCAGAAGAAAGUCAAGAAGAGGUUACCCACAAAGAAACACAGUAUCAGCACCCUGGUCACACUUCAUCCACCAGAUCCCGCUUCUCAUCCCCAGGUCGGAAUUUAGCUUCUAAAUCCUGGUGGCGUUCAACAAUUCCUUUAAAUCCAGCAUCGGGUUCCGAUGGCCCUAGCGGCGUGAAAGUUUCAGACAACAGCAGUCGGCUUCCCACACAUAUGCCGGAUGCAAGCGUCCGUGAUUAUGAGGAGGAUAUUUAUUCAGAGUGUGUAAAGCUGAACUGUAACCCUCCAGAAGAUGAUACAAACCCCGCAGGCGAAGAUGAUGACUCGAAUCAACCUGUCGCUUCCGAAAGUCGAAAGCGAAAGAGGGAGUUGCCCCCAUUGGAGUCAGGCACAACACCGUCAACUGCUUUUGGAUAUGCGGGAAGAACUAUUCCGCCAGAGAUUGUUGGAGUGCAAGCUCCAAAUGAACCAGUUGACAGUUCCUCUCAACAACCAUACAUAAUAGGCACGAACGAUAACAUCAUCGACACAGUAGGUGCUAUAGCCGUUGACUGCUUUGGAAAUAUCGCAGCUGGUUCCUCUUCUGGUGGCAUUGGCAUGAAGCACAGUGGACGCACCGGUCCCGCAGCUCUAGUUGGCAUUGGUACUGCGGUCAUUCCGGUUGAUCCUAAUGAUGAAUCAGCUACGUGUGUUGCAGCGGUAACCAGCGGCACUGGUGAACAUAUGGCUACCACCAUGGCCUCAAGGGUGUGCGCGGAGCGGAUAUACUCUGGCACUCGAAAAGUGGCGGGAAAGCCGGGAAAUUUUGAGCAUGUGACCGAGGACGAAGCGCUGGAGGCUAUGAUUAAUGCGGACUUUAUGGGCCAUCCUGGUGUCAAAAGCAGUCAUUGCCAUGCUGCAAUUGGAGUCAUGACUGUCAAAGUUGAUAAGAACGGAAUUGCAUUUUACUUUGGACACAAUACAGAUUCCUUUGCUCUUGCUUCGAUGAAUUCAACGGAUUCUGAGCCGAAAUGCCUCAUGUCUCGGAGUAAGGGUAACAAUAAGGUGGCUCAGGGAGGCAGGGUUAUCCGCACAAAGAGGUAUUUGAAGUUUCCUAAGGAGCUUUUUGUCAUUUUCUCUCCCUUCUCGUGA